AUGGAAUGUCGACUCGAAGAGUCGGUCUCUGCCGUAUCCGAGAAGUCUUACUACCGCGAAGUCUGGAGACGGAAGGAGAGCCAGUAUCUAAGGGAUAUACGGACAAAUAAAGUUACAAUUGCAGAUUUUGAGAUAAUAAAGGUCAUUGGUAGAGGUGCCUUUGGCUGUGUUAAACUUGCAAGGAUGAAGGAACGUGUUGCUGUUCAGGCCAAUUGCUUAGAUGAACUAAAACUCGACCACGACUACAACGAUAUUGGUAUUGCCUCCAAGCCAAGCCGGUUUAAUCAGCCCAUUCAGCUCAAGGAACUUGAUACUUCAGACAUAAAGCAAGUAUUUGCUUUGAAGGUGAUCCCGAAGGCUGAGCACCUCAAAAACGGACAAGAAGGCCAUCUACGGGCAGAAAGAGACUUUCUAGUGGCUAGUGAGGGUAGUCGCUGGGUCGUGCCCUUGAUAGCUAGCUUUCAAGACGAUGACAAUUUGUACUAA